UAUCAAUCUAUCUAUCAACUUUCCACCUAUUUUUAUACUCCAGAAAGAAUCCACGGUGGCUUACAAAGAUAGACAAAAUGUACUAAGAUACCAAGAUAAUGUAUAAUAAGGAGGUACCAGUGUCUGUGUGGAGGGCCCCAGGAGUUUUGGGAGUACAGCCACGGGGGCUUUCUAGCCCUGGUUUUGUCCCUGACUGGGUGUUUCAGGCAAGUCCCUCAACCUCCCUGCCCUCAGUCUUCCUGGGCUGCCCAGUGGGGAUCAUGGUGCUGCCCUGGCCACCUUCAGGGUCAUUGUGGAGUCAAUGACCAGCUCAGUUUCUUUAUCUGUGGAAUGGAGCAAACGUGCAUUCAGCAGGACAAUGCAUGCAAGAACUUGACACAUGCUCAGCCCCUACCAAAUGUUAGCUCUGUUGUAUUUUCGUGAAUAUUCAUCACUCGGCCCUGAAAGCAGAAGAGCUGAAUGGGUGUCUCGGCUCCUGAGGCCGUGACAUUUCCUCUUUCCAUCUCACCCUCAUGUUCAUUUUGCUGGAAGGUGGUUGGCUUUUCUGGGUCUGACAGUGUAUGACAGUAACAAUAAUGACGCUUACUGCGUACCAGGCCCCCUGCCACACCCUUUACCUCAUUAUCUCACUUUCUCCUCAUCACAACCCAUUCUACAGAUGAGGAGACUGAGGCACACAGAGGUUAAGUAACUUGACAGAGGCCAUAUACUUAGCAAGUGGAGGAGCCAGGAAGUGAACUCAAACCUUGAUCCCCUGCCACUGCUCCAGGAAGAUUAAUAGAUGGAGUCCUUUUGAAGGACUAACCCACCCCUGUUGGACACUGACUGCUGACCUUGGCCCUUUGGCUACAAUUGAGCAUCAGUCUCUUCUGGAAGCCAAUUCGAUUGAUUAGAACUCAGCCAGGAAUAUGAGCAUCCAUGGAGUACCCAGCGCUGCGGUCCCCAAGCCAGGCACUGUCCCCGAAGCAGAGGCAGCGGGAAGAGGGCAGUGGGACGUGCCCGGUCUGCGGGGGGACAUGGCAGGACUGUCGACAGAUGAUGGUGGCAGCCCCAAGGAGGACGUGGACCCAUUCUCCUAUGACUAUGAGACUGUCCGCAAUGGGGGCCUGAUCUUCGCUGCCCUGGCCUUCAUCGUGGGGCUUAUCAUCAUCCUCAGCAGACGAUUCCGCUGCGGGGGCAGGAAGAAGCACCGGCAAGUUCACGAAGACGAGCUAUAAUGAGAGAGCCAGCCGUGUCCACCACUGCACCGGGGCCGCUUGGGAAGCCCUCCCUGAGCUAUAGGUCUUUGUCCCCGGGACUGCCAGGCCCUCGGGCUGAAGGAAGCCCCGAGUUCUGCAUGACCCCUGGGUGGGCAUAGCCUCCUCCCACCCCGUGCUAAUAAUAAAGCCGGCCUCAGAGACGGCUCCUUCCCUGGCCUGCCUCCCUCCCUCCUUCUCUCCUGUAACUGCCACCAUCCUCUCCUCCAAGUUGGAGUCAAUACAGCCCGGUCCCUUGUUUUUCAA